AUGCAACUGGACGGAUGCAAGCGGGACUACAGUGUCUCCGGUGCGAUUCAGGGCACUCGAGAGGAGUGCCUCAACGCCGAUGUGGCCUGCCCUUGUGGGCAGAACGCCAUGACUUGCGGUGCCGGUCAGGAAUCCUACUGCCUUCCACGUCUCGGGCUCAGCCGUUGUCCCCUGGUCUGCCCAGACGGCGAAGAGCCUUGCUACCGACCGAGUUUUGAUGCUCAGGGGAAUCGCCUACCCGCAGAAGAGACCUGUGUGCCAAUCGCGACCGGGUGCGGCUGCGGACAGGGCUCCUUCCCGUGCAGCACUGGCCAGGGCGAACCGGAAUGCCUACCAGUGGGAGGCUACUGUCCGGCCUGCGCACCCGGUGAAAUCGAGUGCCCGAUAGUGCAAAACUUCUUCCCGGACGGCAUGGAAGAUCGCAUGGUGCCUCCCAGCAGGCAGUGUGCCGCAAGCCUGCUCGACUGCCCCUGUGGGCGCGGGGCGACGAUGUGCGCAGCCCUCAACCGCUGCAUCUUCAAGGGUGCGGCCUGCUGUGCGGUUGACGAGAAGACUUGUGUCGUCGUGGACUACACUCCCGACGGGAAUUUCACAGGCUCUCGAGAAAUCUGCUGGGCAUCAACCGCACCGUGUCCCUGUGGCGCAAACACGCAGCGAUGCCCCGGAGCAGAGCUUUGCCUCCCUGCGUUGCAAAAGGCCGCCGUGUGCCCCUGCGAGCAGUGGCAGAAAGCCUGCGAGAUCACAGAUUACAGCACGGCAGGUGUGCCAGAGAUGACCUGGAAGGUUUGUGUGGGCAGGGAAGCGCCUUGUCCGUGCGGCCAGAAUUCGCUGCGCUGCCCAGACCCACUGGAUGCGAAUGGCACGCUGUGCGUGGCAAAGGUCAUCAGUGGCAUUGCAAGCUCAUGUCCGACGCCAUGCUCCCAAGAAGAGUUGGCUCGAGGCAGCCAGACCUGCGUGCAGCUCGACAUCCUCAGUGAGACGGUGUACAUCCAGAGAACGAGUUGCUUGCCGUUCGGCCUUUGCGAUGCCGGCACGCCAAUGAAGACCUGUCCCUCUGGCGCCGCUAUACCUGUCUGGCAGCCCUGCGAGCUGGGGCGUUCUUCUAGAGGCAACACCAGCCUUGAGGCGCUUGAGGUUGCAACGGCGAUCAUACCGAUGGACCGGUUGCAGACGGGCGCGACGGAGUCUUUAGCCGCGGUGGGACUUCAACUCCAAUUCCUGCUCGAAAUCCCACGCGAGAUGACAACGGCCAUCAGUUUGACAGGCAAGAUCCUGUCGUUUGCAGUCACCGGCCCGGAUCGAUCAGGACAGCUUGGCAGUGCCGAGAGGCGUUUACAGGGCAAUGCAGGCACCUGGGAGGAUCCCAGCGACCUCAUCUUGCGCCUGAGGGACAAGGCAGCUCGCGGAAGCCCGUCGUUGUGGCAAGUUCUGGAACCUGUUGGUGUACCGCUCGCAUUUGCCAGCAUUGACACGCAACAUGUCCUGCUGCUGCCCGAGGAAGUGGAAGUGGACGACCAGGAGGCAGAUGCCGAAAGCGAGAGCCAGGACAAGGCAGAUGUCGCUGUCGUUGUGGUCAUAACCUCGUUGUCCAUUUGCCUCCUGGUAUCCUUCUGCUUCUUGGUAUGGUGUUUGUGCAAGCGCAAGCAGCGUGUCGUGCCUGAAUCCGAGGAUGCAAAAGCCCAGGCGAGCAGUAUCCCAGAUGGCUCCGACUCUCGCCUGGCUAUGAUCUCCGCGAGAUUUAAUGGUGGGACAGUGGAGAUGCAGAUGCGAAGUGUGCAGAAGAUCCUGGCCGAGCGCAACUACAGAGUUCUUAUUGUCCAGGCAGGUGCGGGCGAUGACUUUGGUGAUGCGACGUUGAAGUAUUUGCACCAAAUUAAAGAAGAAAAUGGAGUCAUCCUCGCUGUCUGCACCCGGGACUAUGCGGAGGUUACAUCAUCACAAUACUCCUCGCACAAAGAGCUCCGCUACGCGCUGGACAACGACAUCGAAGUGGUCCCUUUGCGUGUAGAGGACACGUACCCUCCAAAGCCGCCCUUCGGUGAGCAUCAUCCUCAUGAUCAAAAGGGGUUGGGCCAGGCCCUUGUCCAGAUGAAGCUUCCACCAUCGCUUGUCUAUCUAGACUGCAGAGAAAAGACCUCAAUACAGAUCGCCAGUGAUGUCGCUGGUAGACUGAGCAGCGAGAAGGCUCUGGUGAAGAUGCGCUCCACGACAAGCCGGCCUCGACAAGCAGAGGGCGUGGAUCAUCCGCCGAUCGCGAUCUUCGUGCAUGAAACAUCCGAGGAGACAAUCCCACAGGUCAGCAGCAUCCCAGAUGGCGUUGGCUCUCGCCUUGCCAUGUUAUCGGCAAGGUUCGACCGUGGACCGCUGAUGAUGCAGAUGCGGGCCGUGAAGGAGCUCUUGACCUUGCGCAACUACGAGGUAUUGAUGGUGGACACAGAUGCGGGAGCUGAUGUCGCGGAGACCAUGAUGGCCUGCCUAGGCAGGAUUCAAAGGGAAAGCGGCAUCAUCCUGGCAGUUUGCACCUGGAACUAUGCCGAAGUGAGCGCAUCACACUUUUCUUCUUACAGGGAGCUUCGUUUCGCACUGGACAACUCCAUCGAAGUGCUGCCAUUGCGGGUAGAGCAGACCUACCCGCCAGAGCCACCCUGGGGUGGAGAUCACCCUUACGAUCAAGACGGGUUGGGCCAGACCCUUGUCCAGAUAAAGCUCCCACCAUCGGUUGUCCCUCUGGACUGCCGGGGCAAGACAGCAUUGCAGAUCGCUAGUGCUAUCGCUGAGAGACUGAGCAGCGAGAAGGCCCUGCAGAAGCAGCACUCCGGGCUAUCGAAGGCCGGCAGCUCACUUCUUCGAGAUGCCGGGUAUCCGUCGGAAUCAAUGGCUCCAAGGUCUUUCACAUCCUCGCCGCCUUUGAGUUGA